AUGCUUUCAUCAGAUACGAAGUCGGAGGCUUCCAAAGACGAUGUCUCUGAAGACGAAGACAAAAGUGAACAAAAGAGUACAUAUGUAAUUUCUACAGCUGUUGUUUCCACUAGUGAAAGUUCUGAAACUUCACGCACUGAAGAUACAGAAAAUGACGUAAAAGAGGGCGAAGAGCCUGAAAAUCCUGAACUUGAUGAUGACGCGAAAAAUGACACCAUCUAUGGCAAUGACAUGGAAGCUGAACAUGAAACGGAGGGAGCAACAUUUGUUCCAAAGGGGUUCGUUGGGGAUGUUGGCGACGUUGGAUCACCAGGUUCACCUGGUCCGCGAGGACCUCAGGGACCUCCAGGUAAUCCUGGGCCACCUGGACAAGAAGGACUUAUGGGAGAUCCUGGUCCUGCCGGUGAUCAGUCUGUAUCAUUAUUACACGGUAUAUUCACACUUGUGAUUUCAUUUUUCAUUGUUAUUUAUUUCGAUGGAAUUUCAUGCUUGUGA